AUGGGUGUCCUCGAACAGCUCUCUCGCAAGUCCGGUGUCAUCGUCGGUGACGACGUGCUCCGUCUCUUCGAAUAUGCCCAGAAGAACAAGUUCGCCAUCCCCGCUAUCAACGUGACCUCCUCGUCCACUGUCAUCGCUUCUCUCGAGGCUGCUCGUGACAAGAACUGCCCCAUCAUCCUCCAGCUCUCUCAGGGUGGUGCCGCUUACUUCGCCGGAAAGGGUGUCAGCAACGACGGCCAGGCCGCUUCCAUUGCCGGUGGUAUUGCCGGUGCUCACUUCAUCCGUAGCGUUGCCCCCGCCUACGGCAUCCCCGUCGUUCUUCACACCGACCACUGCGCCAAGAAGCUCCUCCCCUGGUUGGACGGUCUCCUCGACGAGGAUGAGCGCUACUUCAAGCUCCACGGCGAGCCCCUCUACUCCUCCCACAUGAUCGAUCUGUCUGAGGAGCCCGUCGACUACAACAUCAACACCACCGCCGCUUACCUCAAGCGUGCCGCUCCCAUGAAGCAGUGGCUCGAGAUGGAAAUCGGAAUCACCGGUGGUGAGGAGGACGGUGUCAACAACGAGGACGUUGACAACAACUCCCUCUACACCCAGCCCGAGGACAUCCUCGCCAUCCACAACGCUCUCUCCGCCAUCAGCCCCUACUUCUCCAUUGCCGCUGGUUUCGGUAAUGUGCACGGUGUCUACAAGCCCGGCAACGUCCGCCUGCACCCCGAGCUCCUCUCCAAGCACCAGGCCUACGUCCAGGAGAAGACCGGCUCCCCCAAGGACAAGCCCGUCUUCUUCGUCUUCCACGGUGGCUCCGGUUCCUCCAAGGCCGAGUACAAGGAGGCCAUCAGCUACGGUGUUGUCAAGGUCAACGUCGACACCGAUAUGCAGUACGCCUACCUGACCGGUAUCCGUGACUACGUCCUCAACAAGAAGGACUACCUCAUGAGCACCGUCGGCAACCCCGAGGGUGAGGACAAGCCCAACAAGAAGUUCUUCGACCCCCGCGUCUGGGUUCGCGAGGGUGAGAAGACCAUGAGCAAGCGUGUCCAGGAGGCCCUGGAGGACUUCAACACUGCUGGCCAGCUGUAA